GAACCGAUCUCAAAGGGUUGUGAUUGACGGCAUAGCUUCUCAGUACCUACCAGUUACUUCUGGCGUGCCCCAAGGGAGCAUCGUUGGUCCUCUGGUAUUUGUCAUUUUUAUCAAUGACCUACCUGAAUUUAUUCCGAAUCAGUCAAAAACCGCUCUCUUCGCAGAUGAUACCAAGUUAUACAGAUCGACUUCAUCCAUAAGCGACUGCGAAAGCCUGCAGCGUGACAUUUCUAGUUUAAAUGAUUGGAGUCAGAAUUCAAACAUGAAAUUUAACGCUUUAAAAUGUAAAGUUCUCACAAUCACACGUAAAAAAUCACCUGUAACAACGGAUUAUCAUUUGGGCGACGCAAAUCUACAACGAGUUCAUCAAGAAAAAGACCUCGGUAUAAUGAUAACUGCCAACUUAUCCUGGGACGCUCAUAUAUUUUCAGUUGUCAACAAAGCUAACAAGAUGCUUGGUCUCUUGAAAAGGUCAUGUUCCCUUACAGAACACAGCAAAAUAAGGCAAACCCUAUAUCACGCAUUUGUUAAGUCGCAACUGUGCUAUGCAACGGAG